AUGGGUCCAACAAUAUUCUCGGUCAUGACCUCUGAGGGCAUUCUGUCGCCAGAUGGAUCAUGCAAGACCUUUGACGCUGAUGCGAACGGGUUCGCUCGCGCCGAGGGCAUCAAUGCAGUCUAUCUUAAGCCUUUGGCUGAUGCCAUCCGAGAUGGCAACCCAAUCCGGGCCGUAAUUCGCAACACUGGCACAAACAGUGAUGGCAAGAGUCAGGGACUUUUGACACCUAGUUCUGCAGCCCAGGAGGCACUGAUGAGAAAGGUGUACGAGGAUGCACACAUCGAGCCUUCACAAACCGCCUUCAUUGAAUGCCAUGGAACCGGCACGCCUACCGGUGAUCCACUGGAAACACAUGCUGUGGCAAAUCUUUUUGGAGAGAAGGGCAUAUACAUUGGCUCUUCGAAGCCAAAUGCUGGUCACUCCGAGGGAGCAUCAGGCUUGACUGGUCUCAUCAAAUCGGUCCUAGCUAUCGAGCAUGAAAUCAUCCCACCAAACAUCAAAUUUUCCAAGCCAAAUCCCAAGAUCCGCUUCACCGAAGGAAAGCUAGCCGUGCCAGUCAAGCCAACACCUUGGCCCGUCGAUCGUGCAAAGCGCGUGAGCAUCAACUCCUUCGGCAUUGGUGGCACCAAUGCUCAUGUCAUAGUUGAGUCUUUGGAUGCUUUCCUCCCAGAGCCUCAGCCAGCCGUGGUUUAUUCAACCCAAACUCCCGAGCCUGAACUGCUAGUAUUCUCCGCGAACUCUCAAGAAGCCGUGAAGCAAUACACUGACACAUACGUGGAUUACUAUACUCGCUACCCUGAGCGUCUCUCGGACAUGGCGUACACUCUCUCACAGAGACGAGAACACCUUUCACAGCGCUCGUUCGCAAUUGUUGGUCAUGGAAAGAACCCUGAGCCUGCUCCAGCUGUGAAGUCUGCACUGCAAGCACCUCCGCUGGCCAUGGUGUUCAGCGGUCAGGGAGCGCAGUGGCCACAGAUGGGCAAAGAGCUCUUUGAAAGCGAUAAGCACUUCCGCAGCGAUAUCCGGACCAUGGAUACAAUCCUCAGGAAUGUGAAGAUCCCGCCAACCUGGACUAUCGAAGAGGAGCUUCUUCAACCAAAAGCUACCAGCAAUGUCUAUCGUGCAGAGCUCUCACAACCUCUAUGUACUGCCAUCCAGAUCGGGCUGGUCAAUGCGUUCAGGCGCCGAGGCAUUACCCCUGAUGCAGUCGUUGGCCACUCGAGUGGAGAGAUAGCGGCUGCGUAUGCAGCUGGUGCUUUAUCGAUCCGCGAAGCUAUUAUCAUAUCUUACUACAGAGGAUAUGUCACCAAACAACAACAGCUCAAGGGAGGCAUGGCAGCCAUAGGACUUGGAGCCAAUGCGGUCCGGCCCUAUCUCGUCGAUGGAGUGGUCGUGGCCGCCGAAAAUAGCCCUCACUCUUCAACAAUAUCUGGCGAUCUUGAAAAGGUGGAGGAAGUUAUUGAGGUAAUUAAGAAGGAGAAUCCGGAUGUCCUGGCAAGGAAACUGCAAGUUGAUAUGGCCUAUCAUUCACACCAUAUGACUUCGAUCGGGGACGAGUAUUUGAGCCUGAUUAGAGCCGAAACAGGCGGCUACGGCAAGGUUACACAGCUGCCAAAGGUGUCUAUGUUCUCUACAGUGACAACCUCUUUGGUAGAAGAUGCGCUUGAACCAUCGUAUUGGGUCGAGAAUUUGACGUCUCCCGUAAGGUUUUGCCCAGCAGUCACGGCUCUCGUCAAAGCUAUUCCUCAAGCGAUAUUCCUCGAGAUCGGUCCUCACUCGCAGAUGGCUGGACCUUUGCGACAAAUUUGCGCUGAAUCUAAAACUGGCUGCACCUAUGCUCCUAGCAUGAUCAGGGGCAAGGAUUGCAAGGAGAGCUUACUUGCUUCAUUCGGUCAACUGUGGCAGCAGGGCAUUAACAUUGAUUUUACCACGAUAACCCAAAAGGGGAAGGUAUUGACAGACUUGCCUGCAUACCCGUGGGAUCGCUCGGCCAAGUAUUGGUGGGAGAGUCGCAUUGCUAAGGACUGGCGGUUCCGUCAAUACGGUCACCAUGCUCUUCUUGGAGAAAGGAUCCCCGAAACUAGCGCAUUGGAACCUGCAUGGCGAAAUCUGCUGGAUCUUGAAGAUGAACCUUGGCUCUAUGGCCACAAAGUACGAGACGAUAUUGUCUUCCCAUUUGCUGGAUACGUCAGCAUGGCUGGUGAAGCGAUCAGACAAAUCUCCGGAGUGGAGUGUGGAUACAGUGUCAGACACGUUGUUGCUUCUACUGCCCUGGUUCUUAACGAGAACAAACCCGUAGAAGUCCUUACCACGCUUCGCCGACGCAAGUUGACUGAUUCGCAAGACUCAGAGUACUGGGACUUUAGCAUCUGCUCGUAUACCGGUUCAGCUUGGAUCAAGCAUUGCGAAGGAAGAGUCAAGCCGCUUGCUGCGAAGCCAGAGAUUCAUCGGGAAUUCCCCUCUUUGCCUCGAAAAGUCACAUCCAAAAGACUGUAUUAUGCGCUUGCUCGCAUGGGACUCGUUUACGGUAACGAGUUUCAGGGCAUCACCUCUCUUGAGGCUUCAACAACUGAGGAGCGCGCACUAGCACAAAUUGCCGGCUUGGUACAGAAGCCAUUCCUUUUCCACCCUGCAACGAUGGACUCUUGUUUUCAAUUGUUCAUCGCGGCUCAAGCGCAAGGAAUCAGCCGCAAGCUCACCCAGCUUGUCGUACCAACGUUGAUCGAGGAGAUUGAUGUAUAUGGAUCUGCUGAGAUCAUGACUGCCGAAGCUUGGAGCGUGGCAGAUGGCAAAGACGUUGGUAUCGACUGCUUCGCUAAUGGCGAGAUGACGAUGCGAUUAAGGGGUGCUCGACUCACGCCGCUCGAGGAUGACAAUGCCACUGAUGUGGACGACAAGCACGCUGCUGCGCGAUUGGCAUGGUAUCCCGACUUCGACUUCAUGGACAUGAAGACACUGUUCGAUCCACCACAGAUAAAAAAUGAAACGAAGCAAGUUCUGGAAGAAAUCGUCCUGCUCUGUAUCCUAGACUCAGCUGAACGGGUGCAUGGGCUCACACCUAGCCAGCCACACUAUGAAGUAUUCCGAGACUGGUUGAUCCGGGAGAAGAGCAGGGCGUUGGAUGGGACGUACCCACGAACUGUCGAAGAUCCUACCAAAUUUACCAACUUAAGCCACGAGGAGCGGGUUGCUGCCAUCAAGGAGAGAUCUGACAAUCUUCUGUCCGAGGACACAUCGCUUGGUGGUGUAAUCGAGGGCACAUUGCGUAUCUGGGAGAAUGUUGAAGAUCUCCUCACCGGCAAUCAAGAUGCUCUCGAAGUCCUCCUUAAAGAUAACGUGCUGGCACGUAUCUAUGAUGCUGUCAGCUUUGGAUUCUCACGCUUCGUCAAGAUGCUGGCUAUUUCAAAACCUACGAUGCGCAUCCUAGAGGUCGGUGCCGGCACAGGCGGCACAACGGAAAUGAUCCUGCGCGGCAUGAUUGAUGGUGACAGCUCCAGUAACCCGCCAUACUCCUUGUACACGUUUACGGAUAUCUCAGCGGGUUUCUUCCCAGCAGCGACCGAGCGAUUCUCAUACGCGCCGAACAUGGAGUACAAGGUUCUCGACGUCUCGCAGAGCCCAUUUGAGCAAGGCUAUGAGGCUGGCACCUACGACCUAAUUCUUGCGCCAAAUGUCAUCCAUGCUACUCCUAACCUGCACAAGACAUUGAGCAAUCUGCAGCCAUUGCUGAGACCUGGUGGGCACUUUGUCCUUACGGAGGUCUGUGCUGUGGCAAGAGCACCCGGCUUCGUUUUCGGCAACUUUUCCGGCUGGUGGAUGGGAGAGGCUGAUGACCGUAAAUGGGAACCAUAUGUAUCUGUCGAUCGUUGGGACAAAGAGCUUAAGGGUUCGGGCUUUACUGGUGUCGAUACUGCGGUGCUGGACGGCGAGGAUCCCUUCCAGUUCUGUGCUGCUAUCGUAUCUCAGCCGGCACUUCAAGAGACCAGGCUUAUUGUAUCCUCUCUUACUGUGCUAUCUGAGGCACCCAACCAAGAGACAACCAAGUCUGUCAUAGCAGACCUCCAGGCUCAAGGCAUCGACGUCUCCAUCACCAAGUUCGGUGAUUUACCCCCAACUGACAGACCGGUCCUCGCUACGCUUGAUCUGGAGAGCUAUUUCUUUGCUGAUAUCAGUAAAGAAAAGUUCGAAGCAUUCCAGACUUUGUGCCGGGGGCACACAGAUCAAAAACUUCUAUGGCUCAUGCCUCCAUCGCAGAUCAAUCCGGUAGAUCCCCGCUGGGGACAAACUCUUGGCGCACUGCGGGCAGUACAAGCCGAGUUGGGAGUUCCAUUUUAUAGCCUGGAAAUUUCCCCUGAUGAGCCAAAUUAUACAGAUCUUGUGCUCAAAGUCUUGCAGAAGAUCUACGAGACGGACGACAACCAAGCUCUGCGGCCCGAUCGAGAGUUUGCCGUAGACAAGGGGGUGAUAAAGAUUCCCCGCUACCAGCCGUUCAAGCUCGAGGACGAAGUAUGUGACAAGAGCAAAUCUAUUUCUGGUUCAUCUAAGUCGCUAGAGAUUGGAAAACCCGGUCUUCUUGAAACAUUGCGAUGGGUCGAGAUGGACUCCAAACCGCUUGCUGAGGAGGAUGUUGAGAUCGAGUCCAAGGCUGUCGGUCUCAAUUUUCGAGACAUCAUGGUCGCAAUGGGUGUUCUCACUUUCAGCGGCCCGAACACAAGACCACUGGGCUUGGAAGUUUCUGGAGUUGUUCGACGUGUUGGAUCAAGGGUCACCCAUGUAGUACCCGGCGACCGAGUGGUUGGUGUCGCCCUAGAUGGCUGCUUCUCUACCCGCGCAGUAGUACAAUCGACCUUGUGCGCGAAACUCCCAGAUGGACUAUCCUUCGAGGCAGCUGCUACAAUGCCAUCUGUAUAUACCACCUCCUUACAAGCUCUUAUCAACGUUGGCCAGCUUGAAGCUGGGCAGUCUGUACUGAUUCACUCAGCCUGUGGCGGCAUCGGACACGCCGCCAUUGAGUUGUGCAAAAUGGUUGGCGCCGAGAUUUACGUCACUGUCGGCAGUGAACCCAAGGUCAAAUACGCUAUGGAAUAUUUCGGACUGCCGCGAAACCGCAUCUUCAACUCACGAGAUGAUUCAUUUGUCGCCGACGUCUUGCGGGAAACUAAUGGCCAAGGCGUUGACAUAGUGCUCAACUCGUUGUCGGGAAAGCUUCUCCACGCAUCUUGGAAGUGCGUCGCUGAGUUUGGUAAGAUGGUCGAACUUGGCAAACGUGAUCUCGUUGGCUUUGGACAACUGGAUCUCGAGCCAUUCUUGCUUAAUCGAUCAUACUGUUGCGUGGACCUCGCCCACACAAUGCAGAAAAGACCGGCAUAUGCUGGCAAGCUCCUGGAGAAGGUGCUCCGGCUUUUCCACGAAGGCAAGAUCCAGCCUAUCAAUACCAUGACUGUCUUCGACGCGGCAGACAUCGAACAGUCAUUCCGUCACUUGCAGAAGGGUGACCAUAUUGGCAAAGCCGUCGUCAGAUUCCCGGACGACCCGACAGCUAUUCCAAGUAUUUCAAGCUCGAGUGAGACAACAUUCAAGGCGGAUGCCUCAUAUAUCUUAACGGGUGGCCUAGGUGGCUUAGGGAAGUCUAUAGCACUUUGGAUGGUUGAGCGCGGAGCACGAGAUCUGAUCUUCCUCUCCCGAAGUGCGGGCAAGACGGAAGAAGACCAAACUUUCUUCACUGAAUUGGAGAGCAUGGGCUGUGCCAUUCACGCUGUGCAGGGCAAGGCCGAUGUGCUUUCUGACGUCGAGGCCGCGGUGAACGCAGCACCAAACCCAAUCAAAGGCGUGUUCCAUCUGGCCAUGGUGCUUCGCGAUGGCCAAGUUACCGAUCUGACCUACGAGGAUUGGUCCGCCACUGUCUCACCCAAGGUCAACGGCGCCUGGAAUCUUCAUAACGUGCUUUUGGGGAGAAGCCAAGAUCUGGACUUCUUCGUCUCAACGUCAUCAAUUGUCACUUGCUACGACCAAGUCGGACAGGGAAAUUACGCAGCCGCCAACUGUUUCCUCGAGGCAUUUACUCAGUAUCGGCACUCACAGGGGCUCCCUGCAGGUGUGAUCAACAUCGGGCCCGUUGAUGAUGUCGGUUUCGUCGCGGAGAACCCCACAGCCAAGAAGAAGCUCAAGGCACAGGGGCUGUACUUCCUGGCUGAGCGAGAGACGCUUGACUAUUUCGAAGUGGCUCUGCUGAACCAGCUACCAUCCACCAACAGCGGGAGUGGUGUUUCUGCUGACAAGGAUACCGCUCCAUUCAGGUCAGAAGGACAAAUUAUAAUGGCACUCCGCUCCGAGGUCCACCCUGAUGACCCCAAGUGCCCAACCAGUUGGCGAAGAGACCGCCGCAUGGGAACGUAUCACAAUGUCCGCGACAAUUCCGCUACGUCAUCCUCCGACUCAAACGCGCUGAAGACAUUCCUCACCAGCGCUGCUGACGAUCCCAGCGUCCUGACACAGGAAGACAGCAUCGAGUAUCUAGCGGUGGAGAUCGGGCGGAAGAUCUUCGCCUUUAUGAUGAAAGACGAAGCGGAUAUGGACACUAGUCUGUCACUGGCACAAAUAGGCAUGGACUCCCUGAUGGCUAUAGAACUGCGCAGAUGGUGGAAGCAGACGUUUGGCCUUGAUAUUAGCACGCUUGAAAUUAUGGGAAGCGGGACGUUGAAAGCCCUUGGCUCUUUGGCUGCAGAGGGAGUGGCAAAGAAGCUGAGUGAGAGCUCUUAG